AUGGUUCUUAAAGAAAUAUUUACUGAUAUUCUCAAUGAGAACACCAGUGGUGAUAUGUCAAUUUCGGAGGGCGAAAACACUACAUUAUCUUGUAUAGCAGCUGGUCAUCCUACGCCUAGAAUCAAUUGGAGAAGAGAAGACGGACAGCCCAUAUUGAUCAGAAAAGGUCUUCGAGACUAUGAAAAAGUGGAGGUUUAUAGUGGGACUCAUAUGCAUUUCUGGAGAUUGGACAGACGACAAAUGGGAGCAUAUCUCUGCAUUGCUAGCAAUGACAUUCCUCCAGCCGUAAGCAAAAGGAUAUCGCUCAGUGUUAAUUUUGCCCCAGUGAUCAAAGUUCCAAAUCAACUUCUGGGAGCCCCAGUUAGUACAGAUGUUCGAUUGGAAUGUUUCGUGGAAGCCUACCCCAACACAAUCAACUACUGGAUAAAAAAUAGAGGAGAAAUGCUGCUAAAUGGAUCGAAAUACACGAUAAGAGAACAGAGGAGUGGCUAUAAAGUUGUCAUGUGGCUGGAGAUACGAUCUUUCUCUCCUUCGGAUAUCGGAACUUACAACUGCGUUUCGACAAAUUCUCUAGGAAGAGCUGAAGGCACUCUUCGUUUAUAUG